AUGUCCUUUGCGUCUCUCCACGAAUCGUUUUCUGCAGACCCUGAUAGUCGGAGACGUCUAUCACGCCCCUGUUCUCCACCUCCCUAUUCUGCCCAUAAGUCAAGUGCUCAGCUAAGCCUUGAAUUUCUUUUACAGGGAACGAACUAUGCUGCCGGAUCGGCACAGGCCAGGUCAGCACUAGUACCCAACACCCAAGCCCGGGAUGCGAAGCCACGUCUGCUUUUGAUGGGCCUCCGGCGGUAUGUACCACUUCUACAAACGGUUGCCAACGAUCCAAAUGUUCAUUGGGACAAUAGGAGCGGCAAAUCUUCAAUUGCGAGUGUAGUAUUCCACAAGAUGCCCGCAAAUGAGACCCUUUUCUUGGAAUCUACCACCCGCAUCCAAAAAGACUCGAUCCAGUCGGUUCCGCCCAAACUCUCUCAAUAG